AUGGAGACCCGUUCACUUUUAUUGAUUUCCUGCACAUUUGCAUUAUUGCCAUUUUGGAUUUACUUGUUCUAUUUCCGAAGGAAAAGUACUUCCACGCUGGAAACACAGAGGAGUCAAGAUGUUCCCUUGAAAGUUCUUUUGAAUUACCAAAAGGAGUGUGUGACAUUUGAGGUUGCCGCUACUCUCAGCAAGUUGCUUCAGUCUUCCGAUCCCGAUUCCAAGCUAACAUGCCUCCGUAUGAUCCAACAAGCUUCUUCUUUUUCCUCUAACUUCCCAGUGUUUCGUAAGUCCGGAUGCCUGGAGUCUAUGCUCAAGUUGCUCAACGGCAACGAUGACAGUCCUGUAGUUAAGAAGCAGAAUCUAUGUAUCCUGCAGUCCAUUACAAAUUUUGCAUGCGAUAAUGAGUGUGUAACUUUACUUGAGCAACACUUAGGCGACAUAUUUUCCAUCGCGAAUUGCAUAGCCUACAGUGACCAAGCUUGCGCUGCUAUCCAGCUUUUGUGCAACAUAGCGCUUACCACCGAUGGGUGCCGAUUACUAGAUGACAGAAUAAAUACACUCUGUGACAUGCUUCAAUCGAGAGACCCGCACAUGCUGCGUCAGAUAUUUUCGCUGCUAGUCAAUCUGUCUUGCGAUCCUGUGAGCUGUGAUCUACUCUUGAUGUCAAAGGCUUCAAACAACAUAAUGGACACCUUCUCUUUUUGCCUUUCUCCGGAGGUUCCAUCCAUAGUUACUUUACAGGCCGUAAACUUCUUGAGAAACCUAUCCUCUCGAACGUUUUCUCGUUUUGCAUCGGUUUUGGUCUCGACAGACGAAUUAGCCGAUAUUCCAACGCUACGUAACUUUCUAUGGCAGUCUCAUGCGGCGCUACUUCUCCGCCUAGAUUAUCUUCUGGCAGAACUGCCUUCUAUGGAUUCCGCUGACGAGUUGAGAAUUCAAGCGGAAAAUCUUCGUUCACUACUUAUUCGUCUUUCCCACAACCCAGCAGAGCAAAUGUCUUACUGA